AACUCAACUGAAACCAGAACUCCUGACAACAUGUCUUACACCUGCAACUCUGGAAACUUCUCCUCUCAGUCUUUUGGAGGUUUCUUGAGGCAGCCAGUCUCUACCUACAACUCUUUCUACCCCACCGGCAAUGUAGGCAAUGUAGUCUAUUCUCCAAAGAACUUCCAGCUGGGAUCCUCUUUCUACAAUGGACAGCAGGAGACCUUCAGUGAGCCACUUGAGGGCCACUUGCCCUGUGCAGGGACUGCAUCCUUCCAAACAUCCUGCUUCCGGCCCAGGCAAUACUUCUCCAGCCCGUGCCAGGGAGGCUUUACUGGAUCUUUUGGAUAUGGCAAUUCAGGCUUUGGAUCUUUUGGAUUUGGAAACUCUGGCAUUCGCUCUCAUGGCUUUGGAUGCAACUUCCAGCGCCCAGGCUACUUUUCUUCUAAGAGUAUCCAGUCAUCUUAUUACCAGCCAGGCUACAGCUCUGGUUUUUGCGGGUCAAAUUUCUGAACACCCCACAUGUCUCCUGAAGGUUUCUCUACCUUAAGGAACUCAAAUGGCUUCUCCAACAUUUAGGAUUGAUCAAUGAGCAUUUGUCUCUCCAGGACUCCGCAUGAUAUACCUGGAAGCAAAUCAUUUUUUGAGGACAAAGUAACCGUGACCUUUAACCUACCUUUGACCUUUCAACUCUACUACAAGAAAGAACUGGCAUUUUAACUAUUAGGUAAAUGCUUGGAUCACUUCUGGUACCAUCCAUCUUUCUAAAUUUCUUCUCUCAUUUCCUGAGGAUUUGUUCACUCAAGUUUAUUUUUAAAUAAACUUAUGUCUGUAG